UGAGGGUGUGCAGUUAGUUUAACAUGUACCGCUAGAAUAUGUUUCAGGAUGCCAAUCAUUUAACUUGAAGGGGGAUAUUCUAAACUGGGAAACUGUUCCUUGGAAAUUAACUGGAAUUCUAAACAGUUCCUACACCGAGGAAAAAGAUUUAGAGAAAGAUGUUUGCAUUGAUUCUUCCAUCAGUUUUCAUUUUCUUCCCUUCAAGAUGAAUAUUCCCGAGAUGAAAGGGGUCUGUAGUAAACUCUCCGGCAGAAUUGCUGGCUAUACAAAUAAAGAAGAGUUAGAAAGAAUUAUUUACCAUUUAUCUUCUGAAGAAAAUUUAGAGUCUGAAACCUGUGUGAAGCAGACAGGAAUUGACACAUACAGUUUAACUAUUUUCCUUGGUAACACUGAUGAGGCUGAGGAAGGAGUUUGGGCGGAUUUAUAUAAUAAAUCUAAACUAGUGAACUAUCUUCCUUGGGGGCCUAACAGACCAUAUUCAGGAACCAGGAAAUACAAUUGUAUGAGUCUAACAUUGGAUCUGUUGGAUGAGGGUAAGAGCAGAGCAAACACGAUAUCUGCUAAACUAGAAGAUCAAGAAUGUGCUGCUGGUUGGGUGGACUGUGGACUCUGUCAGGUUAAUAAUCCAAUUUUGACUGUAAAUGUACGUGGUUUAUGUCCUCUCUCAAUAUAUGAUCGGAAAUAUAUCUACAAUAUAUAUAAGGAUGGAACCUCUUUCUUCAUGGGUUAUGUAUCAUCUGCUAUAGUGUUUGAUAAAACUAAAUCAAGAUGGGAGUGGUAUGAUCGGAAGGAUAAUAGAAGUGAAGCGUUUAUAACAACUACAAUGAAUUCAUUGCUCCUUGGUAUUCAGUUUGUUGACUUUCGAAAAAGUCUUGAUAGCAAAUGUUUUAAAGAUGGAGAAAAUAUGGUUAGGGCAAUUAAAUUUUCUACAUGUUUGCAAGGUCAGUUUACUUGCAAUGAUGGACAGUGUAUAGACAUUGAGGAAAGAUGCGAUCAAAGUUCAAAUUGUAUGGAUGAAUCAGAUGAAGAGGGCUGCAGAAUGCUGAUGAUGAAGCUAAAUUACAACAAGAAAAUUCCUCCUUUUAAGUUUGAUCGAGAAUCAAAACAAAAUAUUCCAGCAGAUGUCAAUGUGUCCGUAGCAAUAAGGGAUAUUUUAAGUAUAGAAGAAAUAAAUCAUGUAUUUACAAUGAAGUUUGUAAUGCUAAUGGAAUGGUAUGACUACAGAAUAAAUUUUUUCAACUUAAAAGAAAAUACUUCUCUGAACACCCUUUCUUCAGCAGAAUUCGAAUCUAUUUGGAUUCCAUUUGUUCUCUUUGAGAAUACAGAAUUAAACCAGGCAACUAAAGUAGAUGAAGAUACAGAGAUGACAAUUACAAGGAAAAAAUAUUGAA